AGCCUAGGGACGCGAGCGAGAGGCGGAACGACGGUGUGCGAAAGGGACCCGCGGGGACCGAAGGGCGCGCGCGGAUGUCGGUGUCCCCAGGGCGAGGGAUGCCCUCUGCAUCUUUUCUAGUAAAUCUCCUCUCAGCUUUAUUCAUCCCUUUUGUGUUUGGAGAAACAGAAAUAAGGUUUGCCGGACAAACAAAAUUUGUAGUUAAUGAAACAAGUACAACAGUUAUUCGUCUUGUCAUCGAAAGGAUAGGAGAGCCGGCAAAUGUCACUGCAAUUGUAUCGCUGUAUGGAGAUGACACUGGUGACUUUUUUGACACAUAUGCUGCAGCAUUUAUACCUGUUGGAGAAACAAAUCGGACAGUAUACAUAGCAGUAUGCGAUGAUGACUUACCAGAGCCUGAUGAAACUUUUAUUUUUCACUUAACAUUACAGAAACCUUCAGCAAAUGUAAAACUUGGAUGGCCAAGGACUGUGACUGUGACAAUAUUAUCAAAUGACAAUGCAUUUGGAAUUAUUUCAUUUGAUAUGCCUUUUUCAAUCACGGUGAGUGAGCCCAGGGGCAGAAAUGAAUCUGCGCCUCUUACUCUCAUCAGAGAAAAAGGAACUUAUGGAAUGGUUACUGUGACUUUUGAGGUAGAGGGUGGCCCAAAUUCACCUGAGGAAGAUUUGAGCCCAGUUAAAGGAAAUAUCACCUUUCCCCCUGGCAGAGCAACAGUCAUUUAUAAUUUGACAGUACUCGAUGAUGAGGUACCAGAAAAUGAUGAAAUAUUUUUGAUUCAACUGAAAAGUGUAGAAGGAGGAGCUGAGAUCAACACCUCUAGGAGCUCAGUUGAAAUAAUCAUUAAGAAAAAUGAUAGUCCCGUGAGAUUCGUUCAGAAUAUUUAUUUGGUCCCUGAGGAAGACCACAUACUCCUAAUUCCAGUGGUUCGUGGAAAAGAUGAAAAUGGGCACCUGAUUGGAUCUGACGAAUAUGAGGUUUCAAUCAGUUACAUUAUUAUAACUGGGAAUUCAACAGCACAUGCCCAGGAAAAUUUAGACUUCAUUGAUCUUCAGCCAACACCAACUAUUGUUUUUCCACCUUCUACUCAUGAAUCACACCUGAAAUUUCAGAUAGUUGAUGACACCAUUCCAGAGAUUGCGGAAUCAUUUCAUGUUGUAUUACUAAAAGAUACCUUGCAGGGAGAUGCUGUGCUAUUACCCCCUUCUAUUGUGCAGAUCACCAUUAAGCCAAAUGACAAACCUUAUGGAGUCUUGUCAUUCAACAGUAUCUUGUUUGAAAGGACAGUUGUAAUUGAUGAAGAUACAACAUCAAGAUUUGAAGAAAUUACAGUGGUUAGAAAUGGUGGCACCCAUGGGAAUAUUUCUGUGAACUGGGAACUGACACGGAAUAGCAGUGAUCCCUCACCAGUAACAGCAGAUAUCAGACCAAGUUCCGGAGUUCUCCAUUUUGCACAAGGGCAGAUGUUGGCAUCAAUUCCUCUUACUAUUGUUAAUGAUGAUCUUCCAGAAGAAGCAGAAGCUUAUCUACUUCGGAUUCUGCCUCAUACAGUACGAGGAGGUGCAGAAGUGAGCGAACCAGCAGAGCUUUUGUUCUACAUUCAGGAUAGUGAUGAUGUUUAUGGCUUAAUAACAUUUUUUCCUAUGGAAAACCAGAAGAUUGAAAGCAGCCCAGGUGAACGAUAUUUAUUCCUGAGUUUUACAAGAGGAGGAGGAACUAAAGGAGAUGUAAAGAUGCUUUAUUCUGCCCUUUAUAUUCCUGCUGGAGCUGUGGACCCUUUGCGAGCAAAAGAUGGCAUCUUAAAUAUGUCCAGGAGAAAUAACCUCAUUUUUCCAGAACAAAAAAUCCAAGUCACCACAAAACUACCAAUAAGAAACGAUGCAUUCCUUCAGAAUGGGGCCCACUUUCUAGUAAAGUUGGAAACUGUGGAGUUGGUGAACAUAAUUCCCCCAAUCCCACCUGUAAGUCCUAGAUUUGGGAAAAUCCAAAAUAUUUCUUUAGUGGUUACUCCAGACAUUGCAAAUGGAGAAAUUGGCUUCCUUAGCAAUCUUCCAAUCAUUUUACACGAACCAGAAGAUUCUGCUGCUGAAGUGGUAUACAUUCCCUUACAUCGGGAUGGAACCGAUGGCCAGGCUACUGUCUAUUGGAGUUUGAAGCCCUCUGGCUUUAAUUCAAAAGCAGUGACCCUGGAUGAUAUAGGUCCCUUUAAUGGCUCUGUUGUGUUUUUAUCUGGGCAAAGUGAUACAACAAUCAACAUUACAGUCAAAGCUGAUGACACACCGGAAAUGAAUGAGACAGUAACACUUUCUCUAGACAGGGUAGAAACUGAAAGGUUUGUCGUGUAUUUUGGGGUCAAUGUGGAAAAUCAAGUGCUAAAAUCUGGAUAUACUAGCUGUGACCUAAUUAUUUUGGAAAAUGAUGAUCCUGGGGGAAUUUUUGAAUUUUCUCCUAUGUCCAGAGGACCCUAUGUUAUAAAAGAAGGGGAAUCUGUAGAGCUCCACAUCACCCGAUCCAGGGGAGCUCUGGUGAAGCAGUUUCUACACUACCGAGUAGAGCCGAGAGAUAGCAAUGAGUUCUAUGGAAACACAGGGGUGCUAGAAUUUAAACCUGGGGAAUGGGAGAUUGUAAUCACGUUGCUAACAAGAUUGGAUGGAAUACCAGAGUUGGAUGAACACUAUUGGGUGGUCCUCAGCAGCCAUGGUGAACGGGAAAGCAAGUUGGGAAGUGCUACGGUUGUCAACAUAACGAUUCUAAAAAAUGAUGAUCCUCAUGGGAUUAUAGAAUUUGUCUCUGAUGAUCUAAUUGUUAUGAUAAAUGAAAGUAAAGGAGACGAUACCUAUAGUGCUGUUUAUGAUGUAAUAAGAAAUCGAGGCACCUUUGAUGAUGUUAGUGUAUCAUGGGUGGUUAGUCCAGACUUUACGCAAGAUGUAUUUCCUGUCCAAGGGACUGUUUUCUUUGGAGAUCAGGAAUUUUCAAAAAACAUCACCAUUUACUCUCUUCCAGAUGAGAUUCCAGAGGAAAUGGAAGAAUUUACCAUUACUCUACUUAAUGCCACUGGAGGAGCUAAAAUAGGAAAUAAAACAACUGCAACUCUGAGGAUUAGAAGAAAUGAUGACCCCAUUUAUUUUGCAGAACCCCGUGUGGUGAGAGUUCAGGAAGGUGAGAUUGCUAACUUCACAGUUCUCAGAAAUGGAUCUGUUGAUGCCGCCUGCACCGUCCAAUAUGCUACCAUGGAUGGGAAGGCUACUGCAAGAGAUGGAGACUUUGUUCCCAUUGAAAAAGGAGAAGCCCUUGUUUUUGCAGUUGGAAGUCGAAUGCAGGGGAUAUCUGUAUUCAUUAAUGAAGAUGAUAUCCCAGAAACAGAUGAGCCCUUUUAUAUUAUCCUUUUUAAUUCAACAGGUGACACAGUGGUAUAUCAAUAUGGAAUAGCUACAGUGAUAAUUGAAGCUAAUGAUGACCCAAAUGGCAUUUUUUCUUUGGAGCCCAUUGACAAAGCAGUAGAAGAAGGAAAGACUAAUGCAUUUUGGAUUUUGAGGCAUCGAGGACAGUUUGGCAAUGUCUCUGUGGCUUGGCAGCUGUUUCAGAAUAAUUCUGCUUUGCAGCCUGGACAAGAGUUCUAUGAAACUUCAGGGAUUGUUAACUUUAUGGAUGGAGAGGAAGCCGAACCAAUAAUUCUCCAUGCUUUUCCAGAUAAAAUUCCUGAAUUCAAUGAAUUUUAUAUUUUAAAGCUUGUAAACAUAUCAGGUGGAUCCCCAGGUCCUGGGGGCCAACUAGCAGGAACCAACCUCCAGGUGACAGUAAUGAUUCCAUUCAACGAUGAUCCUUUUGGAGUGUUCAUCUUGGAUUCAGAGUGCUUAGAGAGAGAAGUUGCAGAAGAUGUACUCUCAGAAGAUGAUAUGUCUUAUAUUACCAACUUUACCAUUUUGAGGCAGCAGGGUGUGUUUGGUGACGUACGAGUAGGCUGGGAAAUACUGUCUGGUGACUUCACUGAUGGUUUGCCUCCAAUGGUAGAUUUUUUGCUGGUUGGAAUUUUCCCCAGCACUGUACAUUUACAGCCACACAUGCGGCGUCGCCACAGUGGAACAGAUGCUUUGUACUUCAGUGGACUAGAGGGUGCAUUUGGAACUGUUAAUCCAAAAUACCAUCCUUCCAGGAACAACUCAAUUGCCAACUUUACCUUUUCAGCUUGGGUAAUGCCCAAUGCCAAUACAAAUGGAUUUGUUAUAGCAAAGGAUGAUGGUAAUGGAAACAUCUACUAUGGGGUAAAAGUUCAAACAAACGAAUCCCAUUUGACACUUUCUCUUCAUUACAAAACUUUGGGUUCCAAUGCUACAUAUAUUGCCAAGACAACAGUCACAAGGUAUUUAGAAGAAAAUGUUUGGCUUCAUCUUCUAAUUAUCCUGGAUGAUGGUAUAAUUGAAUUCUACCUUGAUGGAAAUACAAUGCCCAGAGGAAUCAAGAGUCUGAAAGGAGAAGCCAUUACUGAUGGUCCUGGAACACUGAGAAUUGGGGCAGGAAUGAAUGGCAAUGACAGAUUUACAGGUUUGAUGCAGGAUGUGAGGUCUUAUGAGCGGAAACUUACCCUGGAGGAAAUUUAUGAACUUCAUGCUAUGCCAGCAAAGAGUGAUUUACACCCAGUUUCUGGAUAUCUGGAGUUCAGACAGGGAGAAACUAACAAAUCAUUCAUUAUUUCUGCAAGAGACGAUAAUGAAGAGGAGGGAGAAGAAUUAUUCAUUCUUAAACUAGUCUCUGUAUAUGGAGGAGCUCGCAUUUCUGAAGAGAAUACUACAGCAAGAUUAAUAAUACAAAAAAGUGACAAUGCCAAUGGCUUGUUUGGUUUCACAGGAACUUGUAUACCAGAGAUUGCAGAGGAGGGAUCCACCAUUUCGUGUGUGGUGGAGCGAACCAGAGGAGCUCUGGAUUAUGUGCAUCUGUUUUACACCAUCUCACAGAUCGAAUCUGAUGGCAUUAAUUACCUUGUUGACGAUUUUGCUAAUGCCAGUGGAACUAUCACAUUCCUUCCUUGGCAGAGAUCUGAGGUCCUGAAUAUAUAUGUGCUUGAUGAUGAUAUUCCUGAGCUUAAUGAGUAUUUCCGUGUGACUCUGGUGUCUGCAGUUCCUGGAGAUGGGAAGCUAGGCUCAACCCCCACCAGUGGUGCAAGCAUAGAUCCCGAAAAGGAAACAACAGAUAUCAUGAUCAAAGCUAGUGAUCAUCCAUAUGGCUUGCUUCAGUUCUCCACAGGGCUGCCCCCCCAGUCCGAGGACACGAUGAUCCUUCCUGCAAGCAGUAUUCCACACGUCACUGUGCAGGAGGAAGAUGGAGAAGUGAGGCUACUGGUCGUCCGGGCACAAGGCCUCCUAGGGAGGGUUCUGGCAGAAUUUAGAACAGUGCCCCUGACAGCAUUCAGUCCUGAGGACUACCAGAGUGUUGCUGGUACCUUAGAAUUUCAACCAGGAGAAAGAUACAAAUAUAUUUCUGUUAAUAUCACUGAUAAUUCUGUCCCGGAAUUGGAAAAAUCUUUUAAAGUUGAGUUACUGAACUUGGAGGGAGGAGUGACUGAAUUCUUUAGGGUUGAUGGCAGUGGUAGUGGUGACGGGGACAUGGAAUUCUUCCUUCCAACUAUUCACAAGCAUGCCAGUCUAGGAGUGGCCUCACAAAUUCUGGUGACAAUUGCUGCUUCUGACCAUGCUCAUGGUAUAUUUGAAUUUAGCCCUGAGUCACUCUUUGUCAGCGGAACUGAACCAGAAGAUGGGUAUAGCACUGUUACGUUAAAUAUAAUAAGAAGCCAUGGAGCUCUGUCUCAAGUGACUUUGCUCUGGAGCAUAGGCUCCGAUCCUGAUGGCGAUCUGGCCUUCACCUCUGGCAAUGUCACAUUUGAGACUGGGCAGAAGAGUGCCAACAUCACAGUGGAAAUACUUCCAGAUGAAGAUCCAGAACUGGAUAAGGUCUUCUCUGUGUCAAUCCUCAGUGUCUCCAGUGGCUCCUUGGGAGUUCAUACUAAUGCCACAUUAAUAGUUUUGGCUAGCGAUGAUCCUUGUGGGGUCUUCAUCUUUUCUGAGACAAACAGACCUAUCAAAGUUGAGGAAGCAACCCAGAAUAUCACACUGUCAGUGAUAAGAUUAAAAGGCCUCAUGGGAAAAGUCCUAGUCACAUAUGCAACACUGGAUGAUAUGCAAAAACUGCCCUAUUUUCCACCUAAUAUAGCCAGAGCAACUCAAGGAAGAGACUAUAUACCAGCUUCUGGAUUUGUUCUUUUUGGAGCCAAUCAGAGUGAGGCAACCAUAACUAUUUCAAUUUUGGAUGAUGAUGAACCAGAAAGAUCGGAGUCAGUAUUUAUUGAGCUACUCAACUCUACUUUAAUAGAGGAAGUACAGAAUCGCCCAAUUCCAAAUUCUCCACGCCUUGGGCCCAAUGUAGAAACUAUUGCUCAUCUAAUCAUCAUUGCCAAUGAUGAUGCAUUUGGAACGCUUCAGCUCUCAGCACCCGUUGUUCGAGUGGCAGAAAAUCAUGUCGGACCCAUUAUCAAUGUGACUAGAGCAGGAGGAGCCUUCGCAGAUGUUUCUGUGAAGUUUAAAGCCGUGCCAAUCACUGCAGUUGCAGGUGAAGAUUAUAGCAUAGCUUCAUCGGAUGUGGUCUUGCUAGAAGGAGAAACCAGUAAAGCUGUGCCAAUAUAUAUCAUUAAUGACAUCUACCCUGAACUGGAAGAAUCUUUUCUUGUGCAGUUGCUGAAUGAAACAACAGGAGGAGCCAAACUAGGGGCAUUAACAGAGGCGAUCAUUAUUAUUGAGGCCUCUGAUGACCCCUUUGGAUUAUUUGGUUUUCAGAUUACUAAACUUAUUGUAGAGGAACCUGAGUUUAACUCAGUGAAGGUAAACCUGCCAAUAAUUCGAAAUUCUGGGACACUCAGCAAUGUUACUGUUCAGUGGGUCGCCACCAUUAAUGGACAGCUUGCUACUGGUGACCUGCGAGUUGUCUCAGGUAAUGUGACCUUUGCCCCUGGGGAAACCAUUCAAACCUUGUUGUUAGAGGUCCUGGCUGACGACGUUCCGGAGAUUGAAGAGGUUAUCCAAGUGCAACUAACUGAUGCCUCUGGUGGAGGUACUAUUGGGUUAGAUCGAGUGGCAAAUAUUAUUAUUCCUGCCAAUGAUAAUCCUUACGGUACAGUAGCCUUUGUUCAGUCGGUUUAUCGCGUUCAAGAACCUCUGGAGCGAAGUUCCUGUGCUAACAUAACUGUUAGGCGAAGCGGAGGGCACUUUGGUCGGCUGUUAUUGUUCUACAGUACUUCUGAUAUUGAUGUAGUGGCUCUUGCAGUCGAGGAAGGUCAAGAUUUACUGUCCUACUAUGAAUCGCCAAUUCAAGGGGAACCUGACCCGCUGUGGAGAACUUGGGUGAAUGUCUCUGCCAUGAAGGAACCCCGGUUUGCCUGUGCCACUUUGUGUCUCAAAGAACACGCAUGCUCAGCGUUCUCUUUUUUCAGUGCUUCUGAGGGCCCUCAGUGUUUCUGGAUGACAUCUUGGAUCAAUCCGGUGGUUAACAAUUCGGACUCCUGGACCUACAGGAAAAACAUGACCAGGGUAGCGUCUCUGUUUAGCGGUCAGGCUGUGGCUGGGAGUGACUAUGAGCCUGUGAUGAGGCAAUGGGCCAUAAUGCUGGAGGGUGAUGAAUUUGCAAAUCUCACAGUUUCUAUUCUUCCCGAUGAUUUCCCAGAGAUGGAUGAGAGUUUUCUAAUUUCUGUCCUUGAAGUACACCUCAUGAACAUCACAGCCAGUUUUAAAAACCAACCAACCAUAGGACAGCCAAAUACUUCUACAGUUGUCAUAGCAUUAAAUGGUGAUGCCUUUGGAGUAUUUGUGAUCUACAGUAUUAGUCCCAAUACCUCAGAAGAUGGCUUAUAUGUUGAAGUUCAGGAGCAGCCCCAGACCACAGUGGAGCUGAUGAUUCACAGGACGGGGGGCAGCUUAGGUCAGGUGACCAUUGAAUGGCGUGUUGUUGGUGGAACUGCUACUGAAGGUUUAGAUUUUAUAGGUGCUGGAGAUAUUCUGACUUUUGCUGAAGGUGAAACCAAAAAGACAGCCAUUUUAGCCAUUUUGGAUGAUUCCGAGCCAGAAGAUGAUGAAAGCGUCAUAGUUAGUUUGGUGUACACUGAAGGAGGAAGUAGAAUUUUGCCCAGCUCCGACACUGUUAAAGUGAACAUUCUGGCCAAUGACAACGUUGCGGGAAUUGUUAACUUUCAGACAGCUUCCAGAUCUGUCAUAGGUCAUGAAGGAGAAAUUUUGCAAUUCCAUGUGGUAAGAACACCCCCUGGUCGAGGAAAUGUUUCUGUUAACUGGAAAAUUGUUGGGCAAAAUCUAGAACUCAAUUUUGCUAACUCUACUGGACAGCUCUUUUUUCCUGAGGGGUCAUUGAAUAAAACAGUGUUUGUGCAUUUGUUGGAUGACAACAUUCCUGAGGAAAAAGAAGUAUACCAAGUCAUUCUGUAUGAUGUCAGGACACAAGGAGUCCCACCAGCAGGAAUUGCUCUGCUUGAUGCACAGGGAUAUGCAGCUGUCCUGACUGUCGAAGCCAGUGAUGAACCACAUGGAGUUCUAAAUUUUGCUCUUUCAUCAAGAUUUGUUUUGCUGCAAGAGGCUAACAUAACAAUUCAGCUUUUCAUCAACAGAGAAUUCGGAUCUCUAGGAGCCAUUAACGUCACAUACAGCACAGUUCCUGGAAUGUUGAGUCUAAAGAACCAAACAGAAGGAAACCUAGCUGAGCCAGAUGUUGACUUUGUCUCAGUAGUUGGCUUUCUGAUUUUAGAAGAAGGAGAAACCACAGCAGCCAUCAACAUUACUAUACUUGAGGAUGACAUACCAGAGCUAGAAGAAUAUUUCCUUGUGAAUUUAACUUAUGUUGACCUUAUCAUGGCUCCUUUAACUUCAUUUCCUCCUAGACUAGAUUCGGAGGGCUUGACUGCGCAGAUAAUUAUUGAUGCCAAUGAUGGCGCUCGAGGCAUAAUUGAAUGGCAACAUACCAGGUUCGAAGUCCAUGAAACCAAAGGAAGUUUAACAUUGGUAGCCCAGAGGAGCAAAGGGACUCUUGGCCACGUUUCCUUGUUUGUAUAUGCCCAGAAUUUGGAGGCACAGCUGGGGCUGGAUUACAUCGUCACCCCAAUGAUUCUUCAUUUUGUUGAUGGAGAAAGAUAUAAAAAUAUUGAUAUUAUGAUUCUUAAUGAUGACAUUCCAGAAGGGGAUGAAACAUUUCAGCUGAUUUUAACAAAUCCUUCACCUGGACUAGAGCUGGGAGAAAAAACAAUAGCCUUAAUUAUUAUCCUUGCUAAUGAUGAUGGCCCUGGAGUCCUAUCAUUUAACAACAGUGAACACUUUUUCCUAAGAGAACCAACAGCUCUCUAUGUACAGGAGAGUGUUGCAGUAUUAUACAUUGUUCGGGAACCUGCACAAGGAUUGUUUGGAACCGUGACCAUUCAGUUCAUUGUGACAGAAAUAAAUUCCUCAAUGGAGACUAAAGAUCUGACCCCUUCCAAAGGCUACAUUGUUUUAGAAGAAGGUGUUCGCUUCAAGGCCCUACGCAUUUCUGCCAUAUUGGACACCGAACCAGAGAUGGAUGAGCAUUUUGUCUGUACCUUGUUUAAUCCUACUGGAGGUGCUAGACUGGGGGCACAUGUUCAAACCCUGAUAACAGUUUUGCAAAAUCAGGCCCCUCUGGGAUUAUUCUGUAUCUCUGCAGUUGCAAAUAGAGCCACGUCUAUAGACAUCGAAGAAGCCAACAACACUGUAUAUUUAAAUGUGUCACGCACUAAUGGCAUGGAUUUAGCUGUGAGUGUGGAAUGGGAGACAAUAUCUGAAACAGCCUUUGGCAUGAGGGGAAUGGAUGCUGUGUUUUCCACAGUUCAGAGUUUUUUUGAUGCUUCAGCUUCUGGUUGGUGUUUCUUUACUUUGGAAGAUUCAAUAUAUGGUAUAAUGUUAAGAAAAUUGUCUUCUACUGUUUAUCGAUGGCAAGGGAUUUUUAUUCCACUUGAGGAUUUAAACAUAGAAAAUCCUAAAACUUGUGAGGCCUUUAAUAUUGGUCUUUCCCCUUACUUUGUGAUUACUCAUGAGGAAACAAGUGACAAAAAGCCUUCUGUUAACAGUGUGUAUACAUUCACAUCUGGAUUCAAAUUAUUCCUGGUACAAACAAUCAUUAUUUCUGAAAGUUCUCAAGUAAAAUAUUUUUGUUCAGACAAUCAAGAUUAUUUAAUUGUUGCAAGUCAAAGAGAUGAUUCCGAAUUAACUCAGGUCUUCAGAUGGAGUGGAGGAAGCUUCACGUUACAUCAGACGCUGCCUGUCCGAGGCGUGCUGAGCAUAGCCUUGUUCACCAGAGGAGGCUCUGUGUUCUUAGCCAUUUCCCAGAUUAAUGCCAGGCCAAAUUCCCUUUUACUCAGAUGGUCUGGCAGCGAGUUUAUAAACUUUCAAGAAGUGCCAAUCAAUGGGACAACACAAGUUGAGGCCUUGACUUCAGGCGAUGAUAUUUAUUUAAUUUUUGCCAAAACUGUCUUUCGAGGAAAUCAGAAUUCAAUUGAUAUUUUCAUCUGGGAGACAGGACAGUCCUCUUUCAGAUAUUUUCAAUCCCUGGAUUUUGCUACUGCUAAUAGGAUCUACUCCUUUACACCAGCUUCAGGAAUAGUCCACAUCCUUCUUAUUGGCCAAGCUAUGUCUGCUCUUUACUGCUGGAAUUCAGAGCUGAAUCAAUUCUCUUUCAUUCUGGAAGCCCCUUCUGCUCGUGAUGCAGCUUCUGUUACAGUAAAGUCCUUUAAUUCAAGCAAGAGUUUAAUUGCUCUAGUGGGAGCUGUCCACUCACACAUGUAUGAGCUGGCCUACAUCUCGAGCCAGUCUGACUUUAUUCCUAGUUCAGGUGAACUGAUAUUUGAACCUGGUGACAGAGAAGCUGUAAUAGCGGUAAACAUCCUUGAUGAUUCAGUUCCAGAGGAAGAAGAAUCCUUUAGAGUUCAGCUUAAAAAUCCCAAAGGAGGAGCAGAGAUUGGUAUUAACAGUUAUGUAAAAAUAACUAUUCUGUCUAAUGAUGAUGCCUAUGGAGUCGUUGGAUUUGCUCAGAAUUCAUUAUAUAAGCAAGUGGAAGAAAUGGAACAAGAUAGCCUUGUAACCUUGAAUGUUGAGCGCUUAAAAGGAACAUAUGGUCGUAUAACCAUAGUGUGGGAAGCUGAUGGAAGUAUUAGUGAUAUAUUUCCUACCUCAGGAGUGAUUUCAUUUUCUGAAGGCCAGGCACUGUCUACAAUCACUCUGACUGUUCUUGCUGAUGAUGUACCAGAGUUAUCAGAGAUUGUGAGCAUAGCACUUGUUCGGAUUACCACAGAAGGGGUAGAGGACCCAUUAAAAGGUGCUGCCAUUGAUCAGAAAAGAAACAAAUCUGUGAUAACAAUUCUGCCCAAUGACUCACCUCAUGGCUUGGUGGGUUGGCACCCUGAGUUUCUUUUCAUUAGAGUUGCAGAGCCUAAAGAGAACAUCACCAUUCUUCAGUUACCAAUUGUUCGAAAUAACGGACUGUUUGGGGCCAUUGGCAUUCAUUUGAUAGCUAAACCGAAUUUCUUAUUGCAUGUCGAUAAUCAAGCUACUGAGAAUGAAGAUUAUGUGCUACAAGAAACAAUAGUAAUGAUGAAAGAAAACAUAAAAGAAACUUACAUCAAAGUUGCCAUUUUGUCGGAUAAUGUUCCCGAGUUGGAGGAAGGAUUUAUUGUCAACAUCACUGAUGUGUACCUGGUGAAUUCUGACUUCUCCGCAGGACAGCCAAGUGUGCGGAGGCCUGGGAUAGAAAUAGUUGAAAUAAUGAUUGAAGAAAAUGAUGAUCCCAGAGGAAUUUUUAAGUUUCAUGUUACCACAGAUAUUGAUGGAGUCAUUACUGCCUAUGAGGUGCCUCCACCCCUGAAUGUUCUUCAGGUUCCUGUAGUCCGGCUGGCUGGAAGCUUUGGGGCGGUCACUGUUUAUUGGAAAGCAACAGUGGACACGGCUGACCUGGAAGACUUUAAGCCAUCUCAUGGGAUUCUUGAAUUUGCAGAUAAACAGGUUACUGCAAUGAUAGAGAUUACCAUAAUUGAUGAUGCUGAACUUGAAGUCAUGGAGACAUUCAAUAUUUCCUUAAUCAGAGUGGCUGGAGGUGGCAGGCUUGGUGAUGAUGUUGUGCUAACUGUUGUUAUUCCACAAAAUGAUUCCCCAUUUGGAGUAUUUGGAUUUGAAGAAAAGACUGUAAUGGUAGAUGAAUCUCUUUUGUCUGAUGACCCUGAUUCAUAUGUGACAUUGACGGUUGUCCGGUCCCCAGGAGGAAAAGGGGCUGUUCGGCUUCAGUGGACCCUAGAUGAGACAGCUAAAAAUGAUCUCAGGCCUUUGAAUGGGACGCUUCUUUUUGAUGAGACAGAGUCUCAGAAGACCAUUGUGCUGCGCACACUUCGUGAUACUGUGUUGGAAGAGAACAAGCAUUUCACCAUUCAGUUGAUAUCAAUUGAUGAGGUAGAAAUAUCUCCAGUGAAAGGUAGCGCAUCAAUAAUCAUUCAGGGAGAAAGGGGAACAUCAGGAGAAGUUGGGAUAGCUCCAUCAUCUAGGCAUGUCCUCAUUGGAGAACCCUCAGGAAAGUAUAAUGGUACUGCUAUCAUCAGCCUUGUUCGUGGCCCAGCGAUCUGGGGGGAGGUCACCGUGUACUGGAGGAUAUUCCCCCCUUCUGUGGGAGAAUUUGCUGAAAUGUCAGGAAAACUGACAAUGCGAGAUGGACAGUCUGCAGCAGUUGUAAUAAUACAGGCUUUGAAUGAUGACAUUCCUGAGGAGAAGAGCUCCUAUGAGUUUCAGCUUAUUGGAAUCAGUGAAGGGGGGUUACUGAGUGGAUCCAGCAGCACUGCCAAUAUCACUGUGGUGGCCAGUGACUUUCCCUAUGGCCGAUUCUCCUUCUCACAGGAGCAACUUCGAGUGUUCGAAGAAGCCCGAAGGGUGAAUAUCACCAUCGUCCGAUCAGGGGGAUCAUCUGGCCGCGUGAGACUCUGGUAUGAGACCAUGAGUGGGACAGCGGAAGCAGGCUUGGACUUUAUCCCUGCAGCGGGGGAGCUCCUCUUUGAAGCCAGGGAGAUGGCGAGAAGUGUGAGCAUUGAAAUACUUGACGAUGGUCUUCCUGAAGGACCAGAGGAAUUUUCCCUAGUAAUUACAAAGGUGGAACUCCUGGGAAGAGGGUAUGAUUUUACCAUCCGAGAAAAUGGUCUUCAGUUAGAUCAACCUCCUGAAAUAGGAAACAUCUCCAUUGUCCGAAUCAUAAUAAUGAAAAAUGAUAAUGCAGAGGGUGUCAUUGGAUUUGACCCAAGGUAUACUGCCUUUGAAGUGGAGGAAGAUGUUGGAAUGAUCAUGAUUCCGGUGGUGAGGCUGGGAGGAACUUACGGCCGUGUGACUGCUGAUUUCAUCUCUCAGAGCUCCUCUGCAGUUGCUGGUGGUGUCGAUUAUAUACUGCAUGGCAGCUCGGUCACCUUUCAGCAUGGGCAGAACUUAAGUUUUAUAAAUGUGUCCAUCAUUGAUGACAAUGAAAGUGAAUUUGCAGAACCCAUUGAAAUUUUGCUUGUUGGAGCUACUGGAGGAGCGGUCCUUGGGCGCCACCUAGUGAGCAGAAUCACAAUUGCCAAGAGCGACUCUCCCUUUGGCGUUCUAAGAUUUCUUAAUCAAAGCAAAAUUUCUGUUCCUAAUCCCAAUUCCACAAUGAUUUUAUCCUUGUUGCUGGAGCGGACUGGAGGACUCUUAGGAGAGAUUCAGGUGAACUGGGUGAUUUUAGGACCCAAUUCUCAGGAAGCCUUGCCACCACAGAACAGAGACAUUGCGGACCCAGUGAGUGGAUCCUUCUAUUUUGGGGAUGGAGAAGGUGGUAUGAGAACCAUCACUCUGACAGUCUAUCCUCAUGAAGACAUUGAAGUUGAAGAGAUAUUCAUUAUUAAACUUGAACUUGUGAAGGGAGAAGCUAAAUUAGACUCCAGAGCUAAAGAUAUUACAUUAACAAUACAGAAGUUUGGUGAUCCAAAUGGGGUUGUUCAGUUUGCUCCUGAGUCUUUAUCUGAGAAGACCUAUUCAGAGCCGUCAGCUCUGGAAGGGCCCCUGAUCAUUACUUUUUUUGUCAAAAGAGUCAAGGGCAUUUUAGGAGAACUUACGGUUUCCUGGGAAAUAAGCAGUGAGUUUGAUAUUACAGGAGACUUUCUUUCUACAAAAGGAUUUUUCACUAUUGCUGAUGGAGAGAGUGAAGUGAGCUUUGACGUUCAUUUGCUCCCCGAUGAUAUACCUGAGAUAGAAGAAGAUUAUGUAAUCCGACUUGUUUCUGUAGAGGGAGGAGCAGAACUGACUCCAGAAAAAUGCAUCACAUGGUUCUCUGUUUCUGCAAAUGAUGAUCCACAUGGAGUAUUUGCUCUGUAUUCAGAUUACCAGUCAAUCUUUAUUGGGCAGAACCUUAGUAGAUUCAUCCAAAUUAAUGUAACUCGGCUCGCUGGAACAUUUGGAGAUGUUGUUGUUGGAUUUAGAAUCUCAUCUGACCAAAAGGAGCAGCCAGUUGUUCCUGAAAAUGUGGAGAGGCAACUGGUGGUCAAAGACGGGGCCCGAUAUAGAGUGGACCUGGUGCCAGUGAGGAGUCAGGUCUUUUUAUCCCUGGGCUCUAAAUUCACCUUGCAACUGGUGACUGCGAUGCUCGUCAGUGGACGUUUCUACGGCAUGCCAAAAAUUCUCCAGGAAGCGAAAUCAGCUAUCCUUCCUGUCCCUGAGAAAGCCGCCAAUUCUCAGGUUGGAUUUGAAUCUACUGCUUUUCCACUCACGGACAUGACUGCGGGAACAAGCCAAGUUGUGAUUUCUAGGAGAGGCACGUAUGGCUCUCUCAUGGUUGCCUGGGUGGCUGGAUAUGCUCCUGGGUUAGAAAUCCCCGAAUUCAUUGCUGUUGGCAACAUGACCCCAAAACUAGGGAGCCUUUCAUUUUCCCAUGGAGAACAAAGGAAAGGAAUCUUGCUAUGGACAUUUCCCAGUCCUGGUCAGCCAGAGGCCUUUGUUCUUCAUCUCUCAGGAGUACAGAGCAGUGCCCCUGGUGGGGCUCGACUUCGAUCAGGUUUCACCUUUGCUGAAAUUGAACCCAUGGGAGUCUUUCAAUUUUCCCCUAGUUCUAGAAAUGUCAUGGUGUCAGAGGAUACACAGAUGAUCAGAUUAUAUGUCCAAAGACUGUUUGGCUUCCAUGGUGAUCUUGUUAAAGUUUCCUAUCAAACAGCUGCGGGAAGUGCAAAGCCUGUGGAAGACUUUGAGCCUGUUAAAAAUGGGGAAUUGCUUUUUCAAAAAUUCCAACCUGAGGUGGAUUUUGAAAUAAUCAUUAUUAAUGACCAGCUUCCCGAGGAAGAAGAAAUUUUUUACAUUAAUCUAACUUCAGUAGAAAUGACAGGAUUACAAAAGUUUGAUGCCAGUUGGAGACCACGCCUCAAUCUAGAUUUUAGCGUGGCAUUGAUCACAAUAUUGGAUAAUGAUGACCCGGCAGGAAUGGAUGUUUCUUUCCCUAAGACAACUGUGGCUGUAGCAGUUAACACAGCUCUCAUUCCCGCAGCAACUGACUUCUCAACCACAUACCCUGACACAACCAAGAUAACGGCUGUUCCACAGCCCACUGAAAUGAUUGCCGUUAUUACUGAGGUGGCUGGUGUAUCUGCCAUCCCUGAGAAACUUGUCACCGUUCUGGAUACAUCUGCCUUGUCUGAGAAGCCUGAUGUGGGCACUGUGACUGCAAAUGUUUCCAUCCAUGGAAUCUUUAGUCUUGGGCCACCUAUUGUUUAUGUUGAAGAAGAGGUGAAAAAUGGUACACUUAAUGCUGCAGAAGUUCUUAUUAGAAGAACUGGUGGGUCUACGGGCAAUGUCACUAUAACAGUUAAAACUUUUGGUGAAAGAUCUGCUCAGAAGGAACCAAAUGCUUUGCCCUUUCAUGAUAGCUAUGGAAUUUCCAACCUAACAUGGGCUACUGAAGAAGAAGAUUUUGAAGAACAAACUCUUAUCCUGAUGUUUGUAGAUGGAGAAGGAGAGCGUAAAGUAUUGGUUCAGAUUUUGGAUGAUGAUGAGCCUGAGGGGCAAGAAUUCUUCUAUGUGUUUCUCACAGACCCUCAAGGGGGAGCACAGAUUGUGAAGGGGAAAGAUGACAAUGGAUUUGCAGCUUUUGCCAGGAUCAUUAUUACAGGGAGUGAUCUUCACAAUGGCAUCGUAGGAUUCAGUGAGGAGUCCCAGAGUGGACUGGAGCUGGGUGAAGGUUCGGAUAAAAACAGACUGCAUCUUACUGUCACAAGGCAACCCAACAGGGCCUUUGAAGAUGUCAGGGUCUUUUGGCGGGUCACAUUUAACACAACAGUGGCUGUGCUCAAGAAAGAUGGUGUGAACCUGAUGGAUGAACUUCUCUCUGUGUCAGGGACCACAACCUGUAUGGUGGGUCAAACAAAGUGCGUGAUCACCAUUGAGCUCAAAUCUGGGAAGAUACCUCAUGUUGAAAUGCCUUUUUUUGUGGAACUGUAUGGAGUAAGUGCCGGAGCAGCAAUAAACAAUAGUGCCAGAUUUGCACCGAUUAAAUUCUUACAGAGUGACAAACCUCCAAUCCUCGUGUAUUUUUCUGUGGGUUCUCGGCUGCCAGUGGCUCAUAGGAAGGCCACUUCAAUCAGUUUGCAGGUGGCCAGAGAUUCUGGGACAGGACUGAUGAUGUCUGUUAACUUCAGUACCCAGGAGUUGAGGAGCGCUGAAACAGUGGGCCGUACUCUCAUCUCUCCAGCUCUUUCCGGGAAGGAUUUUGUGAGAACCGAAGGGACGCUGGUCUUUGAACCAGGCCAGAGCAACGCCAUAUUGGAUGUCAUCCUAACACCAGAGAUAGGGUCUUUAAAUCCAUUUCCUAAACGCUUCCAGAUUGUGCUUUUCGACCCCAAAGGUGGGGCCAGAAUUGAUCAAAUGUAUGGUACUGCUAACAUCACUCUCGUCUCUGAUGCGGAUUUGCAGUCCUUCUGGGGACUUGCGGAUCAGUUACAGCAGCCCCUGGAUGGGGACAUUCUCAACAGAGUACUCCACAGCAUCAGCAUGAAAGUGGCCACGGAGAACACAGAUGAACAGCUCAGUGCUGUGAUGCAUUUAAUAGAUAAGAUAUCUAUUGAAGGAAAAAGCCAAGCAUUCAGUAUUGAAAAUCGAAAUCUUUUUUAUGAGAUUCUCUGUGCUCUUAUUAACCCAAAGCGCAAAGACACUAGGGGAUUCAGUCACUUCACUGAAGUGACAGAGAAUUUUGCCUUUUCUCUGCUAACUGAUGUUACCUGUGGCUCUCCUGGUGAAAAAAGCAAAACCAUUUUUGACAGUUGCCCAUAUUUGUCCAUACUGGCUCUUCACUGGUAUCCUCAGCAAAUCAAUGGGCACAAGUUUGAAGGAAAAGAAGGUGAUUAUAUUCAAGUUCCAGAGAGGUUAUUGGAGGUUCCCGAUGCAGAAAUAAUGGCUGGAAAAAGUACAUGUGAAUUAGUCCAGUUUACAGAGUAUAGCAGCCAGCAGUGGUUUAUAACUGGAAACAAUCUUCAUGCCCUGAAAAAUAAGGUACUGUCUUUAAGUGUGAAAGGUCUGACUUCACAACCCCUGACAGACCACAAUGAGGUUCUCUACAGGAUUUAUGCUGCCGAACCUAGGAUUAUCCCCCAGACAUCUCUGUGUCUCCUUUGGAAUCAGGCUGCUGCAAGCUGGUUGUCUGACAGUCAGUUUUGCAAAGUGGUUGAGGACACUUCAGACUAUGUGGAAUGUGCCUGUUCAUACAUGUCCGUGUAUGCAGUCUACGCCCAGACCGACAACUUGUCUUCAUACAAUGAAGCUUUUUUCUCUUCUGGAUUUAUAUGUGUCUCAGGGUUUUGCCUGGCUGUUCUUUCCCACAUCUUCUGUGCCAGAUUUUCCAUGUUUGCAGCUAAACUUCUGACUCACAUGAUGGCAGCCAGCUUAGGUACACAGAUUGUGUUCCUGGUGUCUGCAUAUGCAAGUCCCCAACUCACAGAGGAGAGCUGUUCGGCCAUGGCUGCUGUCACACAUUAUCUGUAUCUUUGCCAGUUUAGCUGGAUGCUCAUUCAGUCUGUGAAUUUCUGGUAUGUACUGGUGAUGAACGAUGAACACACAGAGAGACGAUAUCUGCUGUUUUUCCUUCUGAGUUGGGGACUUCCAGCCUUUGUGGUGAUUCUCCUUAUUAUUAUUUUGAGAGGAAUCUAUCAUCAAAGCAUGCCACAGAUCUAUGGACUCAUCCACGGUGACCUGUGUUUCAUCCCGAACAUCUACGCAGCUCUGUUCACAGCGGCCCUUGUUCCUUUAAUGUGCCUUGUGGUGGUGUUUGUGGUGUUCAUCCAUGCCUACCAGGUGAAGCCACAGUGGAAAGCAUAUGAUGAUGUCUUCAGAGGAAGAACAAAUGCUGCAGAAAUUCCACUGGUUUUAUAUCUCUUUGGCCUGAUUUCUGUGACAUGGCUUUGGGGAGGCCUGCACAUGGCUUACAGACACUUCUGGAUGUUGGUCCUCUUUGUCAUUUUCAACAGUCUGCAGGGACUUUAUGUUUUUGUGGUUUAUUUCAUUCUGCACAACCAGACGUGUUGUCCCAUGAAGGCCAGCUACACAGUGGAAAUGAAUGGACAGCCAGGACCCAGCACAGCCUUCUUCACACCAGGGAGUGGCAUGCCUCCUGCCGGAGGGGAAAUCAGCAAGUCCACCCAGAAUCUUAUCAGUGCUAUGGAGGAGGUACCACCUGACUGGGAGAGAGCAUCCUUCCAACAAGCCAGUCAGGCCAGCCCUGACUUGAAGCCAAGUCCACAGAAUGGCGCCACGUUUCCUUCCUCCGGAGGAUAUGGCCAAGGGUCAUUAAUAGCCGAUGAAGAGUCUCAGGAGUUUGAUGACUUGAUAUUUGCAUUAAAAACUGGUGCUGGUCUCAGUGUCAGUGAUAAUGAAUCUGGUCAAGGCAGCCAGGAGGGAGGCACCUUGACUGACUCCCAGAUCGUAGAACUCAGGAGGAUACCCAUCGCCGACACCCACCUCUAGCACUUCAGUAACAAUUAGAAUGAUACUUUCCUGUUUGUAUUGGCUUUGUGCUAAACUCUGUAAGUUUUAUACACACUAUAUAAUAGGGACCUUAUGAAUUGCGCUGGAUGAUUAUUAACCCGGAAGUGAUUGUCGUAUUUGGAAUAUGAGCUACUUAUCUUUGUGCAACCUAGAAAUUCACUGCUAUGAUGAAAGACUGGAUCCAUUUAUAUCAUUAUAUAGGAUGCACAUAUUCCAAGAAUAUUAGUUGUUUUUUAAUCAUCUGACAAGGCUAACAUUGUUUAAUAAAGGUAAUAACCAAUAAACACAAUAGAAUCCA